GUCAAACUGUUCGGUUCUUUUUGGAUUGUGCUUUGUUGCAUCGAAAACACGCACGUUGUAAAAAAGAUAGCGGACGCCUAGCGGUAAGAACGAGAGAGAACGAUUAAAAGUUCAGCGGAGCAGACGAGAACACUUUCGUGUAGAAAGGUCGCGAGCUGCAGAUUUAUUGGAAGAAGCGAAAAAAAAGUUGUACGAACAGUGGAAAAUAUUACCUAUUGCGUUUUGAAAUUAUCUACAAAAGUUAGUCACGUGUUUUUUGCGAUAUUUGCAGAUAUAGGAGAGAAGAUUAUAGUGAACCUAGUGAUUUGCAUUUUGGUAGAAGAAAAAAACAAAAAUGUCGAAAGUUUGGGCUGUUCUGCUGGUGUUUGGAGUGCUGAGUAUUUCCUGCUUGCUGGCUAAUCCCGGCGCUUCACAGCCGGUCGAUGUGGAAUCCGAUCAAGAUUUAACUACAGUCGCAGAUAUUCCCACGACAUCAACUCCGGCUACUGGUAACGAUACAACUACAGCGCCCACAACAACAACAACCACGACUACUACAACGGUUUCACCUAAUACAACGACCACCACGGUGGCACCAACGCCAGUCCCAGAUAACAACACCACAACCACCACUACCACAACUUCUACCAGUACAACCAGUACAACACCGGCUACCACAACGACACCGGCUUCGAACACUACAACUACUACCAGCACACCAAAUCCGACUCCGACGCCCACACCAACUCCAAGCCCGUCGACAUCGACCACGGUCGCUCCGCCGACUCCACACUGCAACCACUUCGACGGUUACUCGUUCGUCGGCGGAAUGAUCCUAGCGUACGGUUCGAUGGCGAUCGGAUUUGUGCUAUGGAAAUUCUACAAGGCUCGCACCGAGCGAAACUAUCACACUCUGUAAACUACCAACGCACCGGGCCGGCCGGAGAAAAAGAGAGAAAAAAACGUCUCUGCCCCAAUCCGCGGGCAAAUAGGCGAGGGUUGCUGAUUUUCUUUUGUUUUUAACUACCUACUAUUUUAAAUCUCAUAACUGGAAUAAGGAUUUAAUUGAACUUUUUCGUUGUGUUGCUCGAAUCCUCUUUUCCGUAACUCGCGCAUGAUGCACCACCACAUAACCACACGUGUAUUUGUUUUAAAAAUUUCUGAACUGCAGUUGAGGACUGUUAAUCUCAUCCCACAUUGCUCAAACAGUCCUGAACAGUUAGCUAUAAUAUGUUUAUAAAAUUAGUUUUCUUAUUCUGGAAUCUCAAAAUCAGUUCCAAAGCCAAAAAGUUAUUGGAAAAAUGCUUCUGCCAGAAAAAAAAUUAGAUAUCAAUAAAGAAAAAAGCUGAUUGAAACGUAAACACGAGCUUACUUUUAAUUCUUUCUCGCUCAAUUUUUAGUGUUCAACAAACGGUGCUGCAAGCUGCAAAACUAUAUGUUUCCUCCCAUUAAGUUAGAGUUCUCAAUUUUUGAUGUUAUUCUGGUAUUAAUUUUUGCGUAGAAUUUUCAAAAGUUAAAUUACUUUUUGUAGCGUAAAUCUUAUAGCAUCCUUUGUGGAACGUUUUGCUUAUUUCACAGCAGUGCACCGAUUUCCGGUUACCGAGUGCGCGAAGGUUAUACGCUACAAACGUGAGAUAUCGCGAUUCGACAUUCUAAUGGCUUGUUAUCAGUGAACAUUACCGCAAAUGAAAUGCUGCAACCAUGUAGAUCGCCUUUGUCCGAUAAUUUGUUUGAACGGUUUGAACGUAUUGGCGGUGCAGAUGUUGUAGGUUACCAGCCGCGCGCGCGCGUUGCAUACGUUUGUGUACGCCGCCGUUGGCCGUUUGUUACUUUGUCAUCAGAUCCGGUCGAUUUUUUGCUACUUCGACAGUUUUGUGUGUUGCCAGUCUCUGUCAGUCGAGUCGGUUCAAUCUAUAGUUUGCUGGAUUAGCGAUAACAGUCGCUGAUGUUUGUUUAGAAUUCUCUUGCAUACAGUAUGCAGUUAGCUUGCUACAGCGCAGGACUCAUACGACAAAGUAAUCCAGGAGCACAUUGGAACUAUGCAGCUCUGCCUGGUUUAUAAAAUGGUGUACCUAGUUUAGCAGUUGGGUGUUUGGAACUAACGCUAACGCGAUGUGUUAAUUCUUUUUGCUUUACUUGCAUUUUUUAUAAACUGUUUUGGAAUUUCUUGCGCUUCUCCAAGGUGUCGUAUACCAGGAAGAGUCUCAUUCAAUUUAUUUUCAUCUCAAAUGUGAUUAACUUAGCAGCUUUCUGUUAUUACUAUGGGAGGUCUAAUUAAUCGGUUUUAUUUUAUUUCCAAAAAAAACAAGGGUGGAACGUGUAUUAAAUCAGUAUGUGGCAUGUUAGGUUAGGUGUUUAGCUACACCUAGAGCAAAAUACUAUUGUUACGAUUGCACAGUUAUGCUUGAUCAUGGAUUUUCAAAUCUAAAGAUGAUUCAUCGUUUGUAUUGAGAUAUUAGUGGGCCAGCUUCAAGCCAGUGUUUAUUUUAAACAUUUUGAAGUCGUAGAAAUAUUCCUAGUUUCUUCCGAAAUUCACAAAAUAUUCACAUGGCGAUUCCACUGUUCAGCAGUGGAUGUGCACUGUUUAACUAAUGAACAGUUCCACUAUUUAGUUUCAUUAGUAAUUUCCGGGACGUGUCUCCUUACUUCAGUUUACGUUCCAAGGCGUCUGAUUGCCUGAUCUUUGUACGCAUGAUUUUCGACCCUCAUUCGAAUCAGUUUAAUCGGUUUCUUCGGAAAAGCGUGCUCAAAACUUAUCUCCUCAGAAAGGUAAUUUCGUUUAACUGCAUCGUACGUUGCUUUGAAAUUCUAGAGUUAGGUUACAAGCUCUUUUUGUAGAGAACAGCUUUCAAUCGAGGCUCCAGAGAUCGUGAUCGGCGUCUCAUUAUGAUUGUAACAUGCUUUAAUAGGUUUUUCUGCACAGUUCUGGCGCAACAUCUUUAUGUACUCGAAAUGAACGUGCGUGGGAACCUGCUGCGACGACUUAUUCUUUUGAAGAUUUUAGAGAGGGAGCUCCUUAGCCAACAAGUAUUAUGUAUUGUCCUUGCUCAACCACCACACUCGACUUGCCAUAGUUUUCGAACUGAAGUUUCCAAGCGAGUUUGGAGUCCCCCAAUUCAGUACGCUUCAGUGUGUUACCUUCAUGUAACGAUCUUUAAUUGAAAGUUAUGUUUGUUAUUAGAUCCCGGUUCUUACAGAAGGUGGGACACUGAUUGAAUAGAAAUCACGGAGAAAUGCACAUUGCACAUGGAUUAUAUAUUGUGGAUCAAGAACGGUGCAAGCAAGAGACCGAAGGUACAAUCGAAAAAGCGAUUGUGCGAAGGGGAUGCUCGCUAGCCUUAGUCUAAAGAAAACUUUAAGAGGUGAAGUGAGAGGCAGAAACUAUUAAGAAAACAAUCUAAGAAAUGACUCUGGUUAAUAAUUGCUAUAUGACGAAGUUCUUUUUAAAUCAAAAGUGCUUGAUUUGUUGUAAAACACUCCUGGAAAAUUCAGGAAUUUUGAUUUUUGUUCAAUAAUCGACAUUUUGAAUAAAUGUUGAACUCAUCAAGAUGAUAUAAAACUGUUGAAAAAUAGCAAACAGAUCUGCAUUAAACUUCCUCCGUAAUGGUAGCAAGCGAUUUGAAAAUUAUUCUAUAGCAAAUAUAAAUAAAGGAGAAAUCACCUGCAUUUAACUCUAUCAAGAUAUACUUAAUUGCCUAAUUGACCUGACAUCUCAUUAAAAGGUCUGUGUUAUUCGUGCAAAGUUAAUAGGUUAGUGAUGUACAGCACGGAGGUAUGUACAGCACCAAUGGGUUGUGGUAACACUCCUCCCGUCCCAGUUUGCUGACUCCGCCUCCUAGUCGGCUGUCUCUACCCAACCUUGCUUUGACAUCGAGCAUUGUUACCUUCAUUACAUCUUGCACCGACAUACUCGCGAACAAACAGCCUCGUAACGUCAUUCUGCACAGCCCGCUCACCAACAGCUCAAAUUUUGCUUUACUUCUUCUGUUCUUCAUUUUACAUUCCCGUUUCACAAACGGAGUAGGAGCGCGAGCUUUUGUGAGCGUUCAGUAUCAACUGCACGGGUUGCAACGACGCGCGAGAGUGACGACCGUGGCUGAUAGUUAAAUACACACUCGCAAAAAUUCUUUGCAGGGCAUAAAAUAAGAAAGGGAGUCUAAGAAAGAACCUCAUGCCGGUGUAUUCGUUAGAACGAGAACGUAUGUGUGAGAAAAUUAGACCACACGAGGGCGAGCUUCGCAACACUGGUGCCGUCUGCAAUCCGGAACGCCUCUCAAUGCAAUAGAGUCCUCAUUCAGAAGACAUCAUGGUUUAGAACCAUCGGCGCUGCCCAAUAUCCAAAAUAGCGUUUCGAAGUUCCUCAUCAGUUGGCCAUCAAAAAAGCUUGACCUCGUAUAGGGUUCGUUUGACGGACUGAAUGCGUCGUUCCCAACUUCCACCCGCGUGGGGAGCAGAUAAUGGAUUGAAGUGCUAAGAAGUACUUGAAAAUAUAAACUCUUGAGUUAUUCUGUUAUAAUCAAUUGCUGACAGCGCCUGUUUCAUUUCACUACACUUCAGAGCCAAUGAAAUUAGUGCCCCUGUCGUUAUAGAAAUUGGCAGGUGUUUCUCGUCGCGCAAUCAAAUUCCUUAUGGCCAUUGUGCAGGAGUUCGUGGCUAACGAGCUAACUACUUCGAUAUGACUGGACGGACGAACGGGGUUAGUCGGUACCCCGAGGCAAGUUCUGGAGCGCGAAGGCCAGCAUCUCGCAACUUAGACUGAUGCAGAACCGGGUUCGACGGGUUUCGUUAAUGACUGUCUCGUGUUUCCGGUGGUGGAACAUUUCGUGAUAGUUGCUACGCUGAGUAACGUUGACUUGAGGUCAGUCCACUUCAGGCCCAGAAGCUCAUUCCGAAAAGUAUCCAGCUGUGCGGCAAAGUCAUCGGCAUGACGUAUUUAUUCCCUCGUAAGGCUACCUUUAAGCCGUGAAAAGUACUUGGCUUGGGCGUUCCCAAUGAAACGAAGACUAUCGUGCGAACAAUACGUCUCCGGUUCCAGAAUCUCUCGAUCUGUAACUCCAGUCUACAUGUUGACGUUACACGUUCUUUGUUUAGGCUACUUGUGUAGGCACCGGGCCGACGCCCGACGCCCACAGUUAAUCAAAACACGAUUUUUUCUUGCACCCGACCUUAAGGGUCGGCUGCCAACGUCAUAAUCCUCUUCCGGCAACCAGACGGAUUGACGGCUAGAAGAGAACUCUUCGUUUUUUACACUAAAUUUCCAGUUUUGUCACUUAAUUCUAAAAAGGGGAAAACCCUCACCUUUCGUAAAUUCCUAAGCAGAGCUUGAAAAGGGAUCGCAAGUUGAAUGUGACUGCCGUGAAUGCGAACUUUCCGCAUUCAAACUCCGCUUUUUGAACGAUCAUUUGACUGUUUUUUGAAUCCAGUCAAUAUGCCGCUUGCGCUGCUGCCGUCUUACAAUUCAUGCGGCAUCUCAGCAAAAGCAAACAGUCGAUCUCCCGUUUUGCUUUGCGAUUUGAAAAUAUAAACUGCAAACUGUCUGGAAGCAUACGGUGACGUAUUUUUUCAUUUCUCUUUUUGUCUCCAAAUCGGCUGCUCACAGUAAUAGUUUGUCACCCGGACGUCGGUCGGACGCAAGCAAAAUAUUCGUUUAUAUUGGACGGAGUCCGACCGACUUCUUCCAUGCAGAUGUAGUAACAACUACUAUUGUAGUAACUACUAUUUGUAGUAUUGAAUCAUACGAUUGUGCGGUUGCUUUUCGUUAGCGUGGUGAUUGCCAGUCGUUUGACUGUUUUGCAGUCAUUCGCUGCUCUAAAUGGUAAAGGCAACUUGAUCGAAACAAAAAUGUCAAAAAGUUUUAGAACGCGUUCGUUCUGCUGUGUGCAAUCGGCGUUGACUGAGCAAACUGCCAGUUGUGUUAUGCAUAGCGUUCGUAUUCCACCUCUAAACGGACAGUGUGAACUUGAAUGCGCGUUGGUGUGACUGCGGUAGAAAAAAAAGGAUCGGUCGAAGCCCUGGCCCUAAGCGAGUUCUUCAUGCGAAUCUCGCUCCUAUCUUUUCUAACGUUUAUCCUAUCGCAGCCCGGCGGUGAUAGCCAUUGCUCCAUUUUACUAUUUCCGGUGUUCAUUGUGGUGCUCGCGGGCGUGAUUUAGCUCUCACGCUAUGCGACGCAACCCUUAGAUGCCGAUUCCCCACCGGGCUACGGUGCGAUUUCGCAACAACAUGUUUAAAUUUCAACAGUCAAAAGUGUGCAAAAUCGGCACUUUUGCUGGAUCAUGUUUCGUUUUAAUUUCCAGAACGCGAAAGACUUGCGCUCAUGGCUCAUGUUUUUCACAAUAAUUUACGCCGGAUGUUGAGUAUUCUACUUUUGGUUCAACGCUGCUAGAUGGCGUGCUGUGAUAAUAGUGAAUGUGGCCUGAUUUGAUCCGAGAUUUCGUCCUUCGGAUUCAGGUAGGAUUAGUAUAUGGGAGAGAAGCGGGCAGCUUCUGCUGUGAGCUGUUGAGCGCCGCUGAAAAAGGGGCUUAACAAACGGUAAGCAACAGGAAUUUGGUGUGCAAAUUGAGGCGGAAGACCGAACGGUGGAGACACUCGGUUGCGGAAGACGACUAAUUCAUUUUCAAUAGCAAAUACAAUAUAUAUGGAGGAUAAAAAUGCAAAUACCAAUUCAACUUCAAUAGAUACCUUCUCAUUAUUUGACAUAGUUUUUGUAGUAACAUUGGUGUAAGUUCAAACAUAUGAGUUUCAGACUUUUUGUCUUUCAACCAUAAUUUUUUUCUUCUUGAUUAGCUAGUUCCUCGAUCGUGCGUACAAAGAUCAAAUUGCUAUUUUUCUUUGUAGCCACUUUUGAUUCAAUUAAAAUUUUAGCACCGCGUAUCAAAAUGCCAGCGCCAGGUAUUUAACUGCUUAUAAAUUCGCUGCGAAUUCCGGCUAAAAUUGAUUUUGCACUCUUUUUAAUCGAAAACCUUUUUUCUUCUAAACUCACUUCUUCUAAACUCGAUACUUUUGCGGCGCGUCACCAGCUUGAAGUGGCGUUCCAAAGCGCAGAGCUAUCCCACCGCUGUCACCAUAAUGUAUGCGCCGGGUGAGUGCCAAACGCCCACAGUUGAUAAAAACAUGGCUUUCUAGCACCCGAUCGUAUGUCUUAUGGAUCGGUUUCUUCUAUCAAGAAUUCUUCUCCACUAAACUCGGUCCUGGGCUACUCGUCGCCAAUUCGUUUCGCGUCUCGACACACGCAAGUUGACUUCAACCCGGUCGAGCCAUCUAGCACGUUAGGCCCCUCUAUUCCUGGUGCCAAUGGGGUUCUUGAAGAGAACGGAUUUCAUUGCACAGGCAUCCGGCAUCCUUGCAACGUGGCCGGCCCACCGUAGUCUCUUAACUUUUUCCAGGUAUACGAUGGGAUAAGUAUUACCUGCAGCUCGUAGAUCAUAUGCCUACGCCACUCUCCGCUACCCGUUUGUACUCCACCAAAAAUAGUCCGCAACAAAAGGUGGUUCAAAUACGGCAAGUGAACGUAUGUCUUCCGUAAGCAUCUUUCGUAUUAUUGUCGUUGGUGACCAGAGAUUCCAAAUAUAUGAACUCAUCAACCCAGUUCAUCGCCGCCAAUAGUCACUGUGCGUGGGAGGCAAACGUCGCUUUCUCUAUAGCCUCCUCCUACCACAUAUUUAGUUUUCGACUCAUUGAUUUGUAACCCAAUCCUACUAGCCUCCGUUUCUGGUCUGGCGUAGGUCGCCGUCCCAAGGUUUCUAGUAAUGAUGCCGAGGUCAUCUGCGAGGGCUAGGAGUUGGCUGCUUUCGCUGAAGACCGUUCCUCUCGUUUCGAUGCCCGCUCGCCGGAUCAUACGGGGCAAUCCAUCCCCUUGCCAUAACCCUCUGCGCGAUUCUCCGAAACACGCAAGCAAAGCCUUGGAUGUACAUUGUCUUCAGACAUUACCCUGCUUUAUUGACACACUUCGCAGCCGGCUGUUAGAGUACACGAAAACUACGGGGCCAGUGUAACGAUCCUACUGACUCUAUCUAGCAAGCACCACCUAGCCGAGAUUCGAACAUACGACGACUGGUUUGUUAGACGGGCAUCGUAUCUCGAAGCUAACUGGGCGUUCCGAAAAACGCACGAUACACGUUACUCGCUCCAGGGUACCUUUGAUCAGCCGCGCCAGUUUUUCCGGAAUACCGUACUACUUAGUGCAUCAUCUGCCUCCUUCGAGGUAUGAGUUGGCUUCGUGGUAUGACGCAGACCCAAUAAGCCAGUCGUCAUAUGUUCGAAUCUGGACUGGGAGAGGCUCUUCGAGUCAAUAGGAUCGAAGCAACUGGCCUUGACGUUGUCCUGCACUCUAACACCUGGCUGCGAAGUCUGUCGUAUAAAAACAGAAGGUGAAGUUUCGAUAACGGAAUGUAGCACCUAGGCUUUUGCUUGGCUUUUUUGCAAUUACAAUUAUCUGCAAUAGUUGUUUGCGCUCGACUGUAUCGUAUGCUGCCCUAAUAUCCACGGGAAUAUGAUGCGUGGGCACGUCGUACUUCCGACAUUUCUGAAGAAUUUAUCGGAGAGCAAAAAUUUGAUCCGUCGUAGCACAAGGCCCCAUAAAGGUAUACCAGCAUUUUCAUUUCAUCCAUUAUUUAAUUUUAGUUUGACACAGAAUUGAUGGUUGAGUUCCAAUAGAAACGAAAACAUCCCUUUCAAAGUUACCUUCAUAUAAUGUAGGGUAAAGCAAUUCGACUGAUCGUAUCGCUUGAAUCUCAAUACGAGAAAGAUCUUUUGCUGAAGGCUUCGUCGAAAAUUCAGCAGUUCUUUCUGAGUCAUUGUGCGUUAGCUGGAAUAUUAAUAAGCACUUAGCGGUUUACUAUCUGCGAGUUUUAAAACUAAUUUCAGUGGUCUAUUUUAGCUAAAGCUUCGGCAAGACAUGGUGACAUUAAAAUUUCCUGUAAUCAAGAAAAAUUGAGUAGAACAUUGCAAUUAAAUAUAUCAUUUUACUAGUAAAUUUACAAACAUUUCUUGGCAAAAGUGUUUAUGACUUUCACUCUAAAUUUAUAGACAUAUUUUGAGCAUUUAACGUAAAAAAUCUCAAUAUUACUUAUAUCUUGUCAUAUAAUAGCAACUAUUAAAAUCAGUAGUAGAAUGGAGAUAAUUUUAAAAUAAUUUGUAACAUAAGUCAGUUGACAAGAUAUCAAAAUUCUCCCUUCGGUCCAUUUGUUUACAAACACAAACCAUGUGUAUAAGAUAUCUGAAAAUAUAUGCUUUUAGAAAAUAAGAAUAAGUCCAAAUCAUAAAUGUUAUAAGUCUGAUUGAAGGAAGUGAAUGGUCUUACUUUUGGGACUAAAAAAAGUGAACUAAAUGCAAUUGGAAAGGAUGGAAAGUGCUCUUAAUUAUGAUUACAGAUAAAAUGCAAACCAAGCAACAGGAAUGUAGUUAUUAUUGAUAACACAGUAACACUUUAAAACAAUUAGAAAAAAAAAGUUUAUCAAUUGACAGAAAAAAAAAACGAAGAAAUCCAUCCUACUUUUUUCGCUUGCUACAAACAUGGAAAACAAAUAAAAUAUCAAACUGUCUUUCACAGCGCAAGCAGUACGCUGAAAAACUUAUCUAUCAUCUAUAUCGGACGCAGAAGUUAAAGUAACAUUGUAGAGACAUGGCUAAGCGAAUGAGCGUUGUUGUAAGCUGCCGAAACGUUUGAGUUUGCUUCUGCGGUUUUUGCAGAAGUCGUUCAAUUUGAUGUGGAUGUUUACGGCAUUUGCUUUCUUAAAAAUUAUAUCUCAAUCCAUGAACGUCUUCUCCAGUGGACGCUUAAAGCUCGUUUACUGAAUAUUUUGUAUCUGUCUAGUCCGGUACUUUCAUUGAGACAAAAUCACUCAUUCCGCAUUGUCAAAAUUAGAAUCUUAAUUGGGACGACCCAAACCAGGAAAGUGUGUUACAGUUAGGCUGACAAUGCAAAUGAAUAAAUUUUCCCAAUAUCAACUU